GAAAUAUGUGUAUUGCCCAGUCAGAGACGAAAUGGCAACUUGAUGUUCUUGUGACACACAUCGCCAUCCGUCAAAGUGAAAAUUUAAUGGCCAACGCAAUUCUACUAUCCUAAUGAUUUGUAUUGCCCAGUCAGAGACGAAAUGGCAACUUGAUGUUCUUGUGACACACAUCGCCAUCCGUCAAAGUGAAAAUUGAAUGGCCAACGCAAUUCUACUAUCCUAAUGAUUUGUAUUGCCCAGUCAGAGACGAAAUAGCAACUUGAUAUUCUUGUGACACACGUCGUCAUCCGUCAAAGUGAAAAUUAAAUGGUCAACGAAAAGCAAUUCAGCGGCUCUUGUUUAAGACGUCCAAGUAAAUGGAAUUAACAACUCAUUCUAGCAUUAUUCAGUUGUCUGGUUAUUGAUGCUACUGCAGAAUUCCACCGAGGUGUGAUACCGGUACGUUCGGAUACCGGUAGUUGCAGACGACAGCAUGCAUCUGCAUAGUCAGAUAGUCCAUUAGUCUGGUUCACCAAGCCGUUACCAUAUUUUUUUCUUAUCCAGCAGUACAGCUUUAUCAUUACUUCAGUACAGCGGUACUUCUGUACUUCGAUAUGGACACGGGAUAUUUGUCAGAUCCCUCGAGCAAUGUUUCUUUAUGUCAUCGUCAUUUGUCGAGUCCUUUUCAAAAUGUUCUUUCUCGAUCUAUAAACAAUGCUUCACAUGGAACACAAAAUUAUCAGAGUAUUGAAGCCACCUCUUCAGUUUCACCAUCAACAAAUCGACCAUCAUCAUUGUCAUCAUCAGAUAUUCAGGAAUCUGACAUUGUGUCUCAUGUUACUCAUCAUGCCACUGGAGAAAAUUCACCAACUGAUGAAGACCAGCCAGAGAUUAUUAUGACAAUCUUGUGGUAUGGGGGUCGACUUGGAGCAGCAUAUUAUGAUUCGGAUUCUGCAAUAGUUCAUAUACUGCUGGAUACACUAGAAACUGAUUCUUUUACAUUACCAAGGAGAUUGGUGGAUGAACUUCAUCCUUCUACGAUAGUGACCAGUGCCAAGCAAGAUGAAAGAUUCAUUGAUAUGUUGAAAAAAUUAACUGGGACAGCAGAUGAUGAGGUGGAAGGAGUAUUGAACUCAUCAGUUGCUUCACCCCAAACUGAAAGAUUGCAGAGAGUGUUGAAUUCAAGUGAUUCAAGUUCAGAAAAUGUGAUUCAGGCUUCAUUGGAGAUUCUACCAGGCCUUGCUUUUUCCUAUGAAGCAGGUAAGCAUCGAAUCAUUUCAACUAAUUUGCCCGGAAUACCUGAACAUUACACAGAUACAGAAAGAACACUGCAUAUGACUUCAAAAAUUCCAUUCGACUGUAUUUCUGCAAUAAGGGCAACUGGUGGAUUGAUUAGGUAUCUUGAGAAGAAUCGCAUUGGUGUUGGUUUAGAAAAUGAUGAUGUAAAAACGCCAAUACUCGACUUCAAGACAUUUACUAUGAAGGAUGUAUUGUUUAUUGACAGAUCGACUUAUAGCGCUCUACAAAUAUUUAAGAAAGAUGAUCACCCGGCUGUUUUUAAAAUGGGCUCAGGAUCUAAAGAAGGUCUUAGUUUAUUUGGAAUCAUGGACAGAACAAGAUCUCGACCAGGAAGAAAUUUAUUACAACUUUGGUUCAAUCGACCACUCAAUGAUAAGACUGCUUUGAACAGAAGAUUAGAUGCUGUUGAAUAUUUUGUAGAACCAAGAAAUCUUGAAAUAAUGACAAGAUUGCAAGAAGCUUUGAAACAUACAAGGAAAUUAGAAAGAAUAUUAAAAAAGAUGAAGACCGCAACAUCAUCUGUUGCAGAUUGGCUUGGAUUGUAUCGGACUGUUAUUAGCGUUGUCUCUGUGGCUGAUAUUUGUAGAAAUGCACCUCGAUUGCCAGAUCAACGACCUUUACCAAGAAUUUUCAGUGAAAUAUCGCAAUGUUCUACUCAAGAAUUGAUCAACAUAGUCAAAAUCAUACAAACUAUUAUGGACAAGGAAGAAAGUAUUUCACAAAACAGAUUUAUAGUUCAGGCAGGAAUUGAUUCAGAAUUAGAUGAAAAAAAGCAUCUGUAUAAUGGAUUACCAAGUUAUCUGCAUCACGUGGCUCUCGCUGAACUUGAAACAUUUAAAGACUACAUAUCUGGAUGCCAGAUAAUGUAUAUGAGAAGAGUUGGUUAUUUACUCGUUCUCAAAAAUCAUCAGAAGUUGAAUCCUGAUGCAGAAAUUCCUGGUUUGGAAUUCAAGCUUACAUCAGGAGAUACAUGUUAUUACAAAACAGAUAAAACAAGGGAACUGGAUGCAGAUCCUGGUGAUAUUUUAGAAGAAAUAGGUGACCAGGAGACAACGAUAAUGCAUCAAAUGCAAAACACAAUACUUGAACGUACUCAUAUUUUACUUGAUAUUUGUCAAUAUGUUGCGGAAUUGGAUUGUCUCAUCUCGUUUGCUAUUGUUGCAAAAGAAUUGAAUUAUGUUCGCCCUAAUCUAACAACCGACAAUUAUAUUGAUGUAAAAGGUGGAAGACACCCUUUACAAGAAUGUGCCGUAUCCUUAUUUGUACCAAAUGAUAUUAUGAUGAGAAAUCACGAUGGAAGAAUUAAAGUUAUAACUGGACCUAACGCCUGUGGAAAAAGUAUUUAUUUGAAACAGACAGGUCUGAUUGUAUUCAUGGCACAUAUUGGAAGUUUUAUUCCCGCAGAAAGUGGCACAAUAGGUUUAAUAUCAAAGAUCUAUACAAGAAUUCGUACACAAGAAUCAUUGUCUACCGGAUUGUCCACAUUUGCCGUUGAUUUAAAUCAGAUAUCCAUGUCUAUAUCUGGUUCGAAUUGCAACACUUUAGUUUUGGUGGAUGAAUUUGGCAAAGGUACAGCUACUGUUGAUGGUGUUGCUUUACUCGCAAGUUGUCUCACUCAUUGGAUUGAACAAAAAGAGGAGUGCCCGUUUGUAAUUUGCUCUACGCAUUUCCACAGCAUUGUCAAGAGAAACUUGCUUCCACAAUCUCCAUUAUUGCGAUAUAAUACUCUUGAAACAUUGAGAGAUCAGGAAAGUGAUGAUCUGGUAUUUCUAUAUCAACUGACUGAAGGAGUAGCUGGAUGCAGUUAUGCAGCUCAUAUUGCAUUAGUUGCUGGAUUACCAAAAGAAGUUGUAGUACGGGGAAAAGAGAUGACGAAGUUGAUCCGUGAAAAUACACCGAUUCGUAGAUAUGACAGUACUUCGACAAAGUCCUACAUGAACCGAUGUACUUCUCUCAUGGAAAAUUUUCUUUCUCUUGAUUUUAUUGAUGAUAAUGCAGUGAAAAUGUUCAUGAAAAAUACAGUUCCAAGGGCCAUGGAAACACCUAAAGAAAACAAAUAUCGUGGAAAUUUGACUACGGAUUCCAAUGUAUCGAUUAGCAAUAGAAAAACGGCUUCUUCGUUUUUCACAUCCGUAUCUGAAAACAGUGAUGCCAAUGUAGUUGAUGCAGUGACGUCCAGCGAUAAUGAGGAUCCUCUUGCUACUAUGCCAAAGAGACCUUGUCACGGAGUUGCCUAAUUCGAAUGUCACGAAAUGGAUGCUUUUUUUUUCAUUUUUUUUUCAACAUAGUUCUAUUUUUGUUUUUAUAUUAAAUCCAAUAUUUUACUGGGUGCAGUUACUGUAUCCAAUCGUAUGUGCAGUAUUGAAAAUAUAGUGCGCGUUUGUUUAUGGUCGUGGAUCCGCUGAGAAAACGACAAAGGAUUUUUUUAAAGGUUAACGUACAGUACACACACAGGCGCUAUUGUCUUUCUAAUGCUUUCCGGUUCAAUUUGUAGAUGGGGAUCAAUACGACACUACGCCGGCAACGUAUUGCGAAACUGAAGCGUCUAGUUUUCAUGUUUUGUUUCCGCUAUUCAUCGUUAUCUGCCACUUCCUGGCUGGCCACUAUCGGUUGAUUCUUUCCGGCUCAUUUUUUAUCCGAAUUAGUCAGUAGUCUAUAUGCAACGUUGUCUGGAACUAAUCCACCAGUUUUUCUUUUCCUCCGCAUUAUCUUGUUAUGAUUAUUCUCGAUUCGUCUUUGGCUGAUCACUCCCCCCUUAUGGUUGAAUUUCGUCCACUUUCUUCACUGUCAGCUACUUGACUUCCCGGCAUAUAGGCUACAGCCAAAAAUAAGCACUGGUGUCAAAAGGGUAUUUUUGGGUGUACUUAACAACGGAGUAUAAAAAUGGAAAAUAAAUCAUACAAGAGUCUCUUCCACUCUCCCAAUUUUUCAUCCAGUUAAGUUUUCUUUAGAAGUCGCUUCGAACAAGAAAUCCAUGGAAAGGCACGAAGUCACAGCCACACACAACCUCUAAAGCGGUGGUUCCCAACCGGGGCCACCAUGCCAGGCGCAAAACGGAUUUUACGUUCCAUUUAGAAAAAAAUAACCGCUUUUUCUAGUUUAAUUGCUUGAUAAGGUUAUUUCACAGAGUGUUUUCACUUUGUUGAGCAUGAAUUGUUUGAACAAAAUGGGAUUAGGAAUCUACUAAUAAAAGUAACACUAUUGAAUGAUAAACAAGGGGGUCAUAAGUGCUGAACGCCUCUAGAACGGGGCCACACUGUUCUGUCUUCAUACUUUGAUUUCCCGCAAGGAUUUUUGCGAAAUUAUUAUAUUUUGUAGUAGUAUUGUGGGCACUAAUUGCUGUUUAUCCCAUGACCUCUAGGUUGAUAUCGCUAUCACAAUAGCAGCAAAUAAUUGACUUUGUGCACAGCUCGACUUUGUGCUCGUGCUUACUCAUUGUCUAAAUUAUGGUUUAUCCCUAAAAAAAGUAUCCUUAAAAACUGACGCCAACUAUUGUAACUGUGUCACUGGAAAUACUGCAAACCCCACCGCUAACAGAAACAGUUCGCGCUGAGGGUGAGCGAGUCCGAGGCAUGAGGUUACGGUGGAACGUAGUUAAUCGAUAUGUCACAGUAACACAACAAAACGCGAAUACGCGUAUAAUGAUAAACGUCGUCCCUUGUUUUCACGGAAGCUUUGUACGCAUACAUGAACUUGCCAUCCAUGUUUUCAAGACAAAUUGAGUACGCGACUCGAAAAUAAGCACUUUUCUUAGAAAUAAGCACAUCGUUACUUUAUAAGACGCGGGCCAGAAAAGAAACACAAAUCUUAGAAAUAAGCACGAUAUAGUAACCCUGCAUAUAGGCUACUCACCUUCGUCGGACUAACUUCGUAUCAAACAAACAAAUACCUCCAACAGACAAAUACCAAGCAAUAGGGCUGUCCAAGCGAA